UCCAACGCCUGCACUUUAUCCCUUGGACUGUGCAUGCUUAUAUAUCAAAGCUUACCCUGUACCAACUUUAUUAUAUCAUACAAAGAAACAAAUCGACACCUCUUCCGUUCCUGAAAUAACCCUCAAAUCCUGCUGCGAUAAGCUCAAGCUCCAUUCAUAUACUUCUUAUCUCGAAGCUUAGCUAGACUGUCCAUCAUCCAUCGCUCUCAAAAACGCAUCAUAUGGUAUGAACUCACUAUGACCCUCGCAAGUCUAGCAUCAAGCGCCAGGGCAGCCCGAUGCCCCAGGAUGCUCUCCGCUCCGAAUACCCUCCACGCCAUCCACGCCCCUACCACUGCACGCUUCCAACAACACCGCACGAUUUGGCAAAGCCACCGUCACUCCCACGGAACCUACAACGGCACAAAUUGGGUUCGACUAGAGAGAAAAGUCCGUCGACGAGUUACAAAGCCGAACCAAAACCCACCUCAUCGAACCCAAACACCGCUGGAAAAUUCAGAUCCAUGGCGGAGCUGGAGUUGGGGAUCGAAGCCAGGAUGGAGAUGGGGUGGAUUUGAUAAUACUGGUACAAAUGAUUUUGAGGCGGUGAGACUUCGUGCACAGCAGCGGAUGGAGGCUAUCAAGAGGGAGAUUGAGAGGGAUCCGUACGCGGCGUUGUUUGGGAGGUAUGAUUCUGAUAUAUCGGGGAUGAGAUUGAAGGCGUGGGAUAAGCAUCAACAUACGCUGGCGGAUUUGUGUCGGUCAUUUUUUGGGUUUGAAAAGAGUGGUACGGAUACUGCGAAAGCGAAGGUAAAGGAUACGGAUGCGACGGCGCGUGUUAAGUCGGAGGGGAAGAAGUCGAGUACGCGAGUAAGAGAUGUGCGGAAGGCAAAGGAUCAUGUGGCUCCAGUAAUUGAUGCUUCGCAGCCGCCGGGGUUUGUGGAUACCAGAACAAAUGAUCUUGAGUUUGAUCCGAUUAGUGGCCGCAUGGUAAUAAAGCCUGCUGCAGCAACUACGACAGGUGAGGCCGGUGCACUAUCUAAAGAUGGCACCUCAACCGUACCGGACACAUCUAAUAUGAAGGAUGGUCAUCCUGGAUCUUUAUCUCCUACGAAAAGCUCUGGCGAGACCACUGCCAAGAUAUCCGAUUCAGACAUUAGCGGCGUGCAGCACAAAGAACCAGAACAGCAUGCAAACGAAGUAGCACAGGACCACGGUAUCCCUGGAUACAAUCAUGACCCCAAGUUCUGGGAUCCUCCAUUGCAUGAAGCACCAUCCACCGCAAAGAGGACUACCGUUCAUGACGCAGACCACGGUGUCCUUGGCUCUAAUGGGGACCACAAUGCCUGGACUCCUACUUCAACUCAAAAGCUAUCAACUGCAAAUAGCACUGCUAUUGGGGAAGCGCCGAUUGAAAUUACGUCUGCUGUGUCUGAGCCCAAGAAUGAAAACGUAUCAUUAAGACAGCCAGAUGUCGAAAAAUCCAAUCUGGUUGAUAGUCAGCAGCCAAGGAGCCUUACUCCUGAUGCGCAGUCAGAUGAGGGCCGAAAAACAAAGGGUUUCUUCUACGUGAACAAAAGGGAACCAGAGAAACUCAAGAUUCAGGAUUCACCACAGCAAUCAGAGCCUUUCCUCGUUCCCGAGAAUGAAGAGCUGGAAAUCCUGCGUGCGAGCGAUAUUCGCGCCUCUUACCCCUCAAAAGAGUUGGAUAUUAAAACUGAUUCCCAAAGUAAGAAGGUCGACGGCGCUUUGGAGGAAGUUAAGUCUGAUGAAAACCCGGUCACUUCUAUUGAUGCCCGAGCUAUUGAGUUAAAAUCCGAGCCUCAAGACGCUUUGGGCUCUGUUGAUGUGAGAGGCACAAAAGCAGCAAGCUAUACCGAGACGCAAUCUCCAUUACAGGAAGCAGUAGCCCCUCAAUCCACUCAACUGCAAGCACGAGACGGGCUUCCAGACUCGAAAGUUCUUGACCAGACCCCCGAAACACGCUCUCCUAUUCGGAGUGAAAUUACAUCUCCAGCCACAUACCGUGUGCUCGCGUACGAUCCAUUUACUAUGCAGGUUAAUACGGCGGACACGGAUUCUUCGCUUGCUCCUUCACAUGAGAUCCUCCGUCCUAGUGAUGUCCUUCCCCGGCUGAGCAACCCGGCGCAAUUCCUACCAUAUUUUGAGAAAAUGCGUAAAGAGGGCUAUGAGAUUGUCUCCGGUGGUGGGGAUAUCCUCGUCUUCAAGAGAUUUUCUGAUGUCGAAAAGAAACCAUCAGACAAGUCGCCUCUUGAAACCAAGGAGCAUGGAGACAUAACCGCAGGCGGCGCUUUCAAAGACAUUCAUGAACAAGCAGCAUUGACAUCACCCCAACUAACCCAAGACCCUUCCGCUGAACCAACCAAGACACAGUCAGAGACGGAAACCCCUCCACGAAAGCAGCGCUCCGCAUUCAGUAACGCAAUCCGCAGGAUGCUCUUCACUGGCACCGCAGCCGCAGGAACAUGCUAUGCCUUUGGUGUUGUAACGGAGUACUUCCGUACCGGUGGUUCUGAUGGACGUGGUGUUGAUGCGUUUACGGUAUUUGAGUCUGAGAGACGGCGGAGGAAUUAAAUUUCUUAUUUGUCUAGAAGGGCGUUUAUUGUAUUGGACCAGAUCAAAUGGCUUGGGUUUAUGGUUUUAUGAUUAUAUGUAUUAUUAAUUGGAUAAGGACACUCUCCUAGUGAAUUUAGCUAUACAGGACAUUUUACUCGUGAUGGUGGAAUAACGAGAACACUCGUAGG